CUAUAUCCUAUUUGUUUAGGAAGCCAAAUAGAUGUGUAAAUUUUUAUUAUUUGAGUGGAUAAAACCGCAACUAGUCAAAUUGCCACUUGGGCGUAUCUACUUAUCCGGGUUACAUGACUCGUGAUUCAUGAAUUCUUCUCUUCAUUGACUCGGAUCACUUUAAUCCUUGGUUAUCUUGCUGCUUAACAACAUGUAAAUAAAACUUGUAAAUUACACAGUUUAGUUGUUUUAAGCAAGUAAGUAUAGCAACAGGUAGCUGACUGAGUUUUUUAGGACAGUUCCUGUAUGGUCGGAAACACAGGAGUCUCAGUUUUGCAGGUCCUAUACGUGUCCUGGCUGAUCCACCUGAACCGUGCGAUUCAGAGGAUCCGUAGUGGAAUCCGGGAGAUUGUGAGUGGGAUUCAUGAAUCCACGGAUUCGGUUUGGCAAUGAUGUACUGCACUUCAAGGUGUUGCGUGAUGGGACAGGAAAAUACUUUUUGUGGGUUGUGAAGUUCAACUCACUUAACGAGCUGGUGGAUUAUCACCGUUCGACCUCCAUCUCUCGAAACCAACAGAUCUUUUUACUUGACAUUGAGCAGGUGCUUCAGCACCCCACAUAUGUGCAGGCCCUGUUUGACUUUGACCAUCAGGAGGAUGGAGAGUUGGGGUUCCGUCGUGGUGAUUUCAUCCAGGUCCUUGACAACUCCGAUCCUAACUGUUGGAAAGGUGCAUGCCACAGCCAGACAGGCAUGUUCCCAUGCAAUUAUGUCACACCUGCCAAUUGGAACAUGUAAACAGCAAAAUUGUAGGUCCCUUAUCUCCAAAAACACACAACCCUCUUCAGAUAAGCCUCAAUGUCCCCCUCUGCCCCUAACGGCCUGUGAUUUGCAGAGUGAGAAAAGAAAAAAGGAAACUGAAAAAAAAGAAAAGAAAAAAGAGUCAGGAGAGUGGGUUUCAUUUCUUCAGUCACAUACAGGCAAAAAAACAGAAUAAAUAAAAAAAAUCAACCAA